AGAAAAGGAAACUUUCUGUAGUUGGAACAUUCCGUUUCAGUUACGUAAUUAAGGGGUAAGGUUAUAAAACCUAGUCCAAGCCCUAUUUGCGUGUCUUAUCGCCAUCGUCUGUGAAGCUGGAGUAAUCUCGUUAUCAAGGGUUUCCUUCUUUUAAGAGAGGAUAUAAGAAGAACUCAAUGGUUAAUGCAAUCAAAGGAGUGUUCAUCUCCUGUGAUAUACCGAUGGCACAGUUGAUAGUGAACAUAAACAAUUCGAUGCCUUCGUCUCAGAGAUUCAUAAUUCAUGUACUUGAUAGUACUCACUUGUUUGUGCAGCCACAUGUUGAGCAGAUGAUUCGCAGUGCCAUUGCUAAGUUCAGAAAUCAAAACUCUUACGAGAAGCCUACUUAAAACCACAUAACCUUCACGCUUUUUUUUUAUUUUCAGAUUAGAACAAACACGUAUUAUAAUUAUUAAGAUGGUAAGAGUUUGGCAAGAUUAGACUGUUCAUAUGCUUAUACUGAAUAUUGACAAGUUAUAUACUCUCUGUACCAGGUUUAGAAUCAGUCUGUUAUGUUUGAUUAGUUGGAUUCUCAAAAUGAUGAUGUUGGUGUUGUGUGAAACUCAUUGUCACCAGCGAAAGGUUUGAGGCGGUUUCUCUGUGUUUUCUUUUUUUUGGAUGACGAGACGGUUUCUCUGUGUUGGUUUCUGAAUCAAAGUUUGGUUAUUGUUCAUAUUGCAUGUUUGGUUAAUGCGUU